CGCGCCCCGGCAUGGGCAGCCGCGGGGCCCGGCGAUGAGCGCUCCCCCGGCCGCGACCCCCCGCGCGAAUAUGGGCACAGCCGUGUCCAAAAGGAAGACGCUCAGGAACGAGGCCAUGUCGUCCGUGGCGGCCAAAGUGAGAGCGGCGAGGGCUUUUGGAGAAUACCUCUCACAAAACCAUCCUGAAGGCAGGAAUGGCUCAGAUCACCUGCUAGCAGACUCCUACAUCGGGCAGGAGGACUCCCCUGAGCUGCAGCAGGUGGCCCAGAACAAGCGCAGGCUCUCGGUCAUCUCGGACGGCAAAUUCGAGAGGAGCUUCACCGAGGAGCAGGCGGAGAAGCUGCCGAGCGAGGGCCCCAAGCCACGGGUGUACACCAUCUCUGGGGAGAGGCCCAUGCUGUCGGAGCACGAGAACGACAGCAUGGAGCUGGUGGUGAUGAAGGGAGCUGCCCACGAGGAGUGCCACCACGGGCACCACGCGCACGGCGCCGCCGGCUCGCACGGCGUCCGCCACUGCAAGGCCUGGCCCGGCGGCCGCCAGGGCUCCAAGGAGUGCCCCAACUGCUCCAGGCUGGCUGCCCCUUCCCAGCAGUCCAUCGAGCUGGAGCAGCACCCACCUGGCGAGGCUGGGUGGCACAGGAAAAGGCUGGAGAGGAUGUACAGUGUGGAUCGAGUGUCUGAUGAUGUCCCCAUACGAACCUGGUUCCCAAAGGAGAACCUCUUCAGUUUUCACACUGCUACCACAACUAUGCAAGCCAUCUCGGCGUUCAGGGGCUACGCAGAGAGGAAGAGACGGAAACGAGAGAAUGAUUCUGCAGCUCUUAUCCAGAGGAAUUUUCGGAAGCACCUCCGCAUGGUGGGGAGCCGAAGGGUUAAAGCACAAACAUUUGCCGAACGGCGUGAGAGGAGCUUCAGCAGGUCCUGGAGUGACCCGACUCCCAUCAAAGCUGAUUCCUUCCAUGACUCUCGAGAAAGCCAUGACCUUCAGGAUUCCUGCGGGACUCUGGAUGGUGACUUUGACUUGAACUGGGAAGCAGAAAAGGAACUUGAAGCCAUGGCAUGUGACGGAGAAGACUUUAUUCCACCAAAAAUAAUGCUCAUCUCUUCCAAGGUGCCCAAAGCUGAGUAUGUCCCAACCAUUAUCCGCAGGGACGACCCCUCCAUCAUCCCCAUUCUCUAUGACCAUGAACACGCCACCUUUGAUGACAUCCUGGAGGAAAUAGAGAAGAAGCUGAACAUUUAUCGGAAAGGCUGCAAAAUCUGGAAGAUGCUGAUAUUUUGCCAGGGAGGCCCCGGGCACUUAUACUUGUUAAAGAACAAAGUCGCCACUUUCGCCAAAGUGGAGAAGGAGGAAGAUCUGAUCCUCUUCUGGAAGAGGUUGAGCAGGCUGAUGAGUAAAGUCAAUCCUGAACCAAAUAUCAUCCACAUCAUGGGCUGCUAUGUUCUUGGAAACCCCAAUGGGGAGAAGCUAUUUCAGAAUCUGAAAAACUUAAUGAAUCCUUAUAGGGUUGCCUUUGAGUCUCCACUUGAACUAUCAGCUCAAGGUAAGCAAAUGAUUGAGACUUACUUUGACUUCCGCCUUUACCGCCUCUGGAAGACCCGCCAGCACUCCAAACUGUUGGAUUACGAUGACAUUUUAUGAGCUGGAGAAGCCUUUGCAAGAGGAAGCUCAUCACCAGUGUCCAAGAAGUCAUGCUUUAUUGCAGAGAGACUUUUUUAUUGGCACGGGGAGCCCUUCACAGCCCUACAGGAGGCAGCAGCGCUAAAGGGAGGGAAGGAGGAGCCCUCGGAAGCAGCAAAAGGCUCCUGGGCCAGGAGAGACUGGAGGGAAGGGGGUGACAAUGACGGUGACACCUCGCUGGCCUCAGUCCGAGCCCCGGGGCCUCAGGAGGAGCUGUGUGAAACGAGGACAGGAUGGAGUUCCUGGCAGAACUGAGCUGUUUUGGGUCAGAAUGGGCCAGAUUUGAUUCCAGGUCCUUUUAAAGACUUUUGAAGCUCAGGUUUUCUUACAAAAAAAAAAAAACCACAAACCCAAUUAACCCAUGCACUACAGUGAAGAAGUCACCAGAGCACAGAGGGAGCAGGGGAUUGUCCUGGUGGGACUUUCUGUGCUGGGAGUCCUGGAGAGCAAGGACUGCUACACCUACUCCUGCAAGCUUAGAGCAAGAUGAUCCCAUUUCCAUGUGAAUAUAUACUGGGAUAUAGAAUUGAAAUCUUCUAUUUUGUUUGUUUUGUUUAAUAGAAAAUAAGUGCAAUUUUUAUAGUGAGGGAGGGGGUAAAAUCCCUCCUGAUAUUUAAUUAGUUAAAAAUAACACACCAUAACCAAUAGAUGAGGUAUUUUUGGUCUGCUUGAAAAUAUAUUCAGAAUGGUAAUAUAUCUUCUGUAGACAUAUUUAAUCACCAGCAAACAUGGUUUUAACAUAAGUUAGCAGACCCUGCAUGUCUGCUGCAUUGGUUUGGUUCCUUUCAGAGUAGCUGUGCUGCACUACC